UUUUUUUAAUUUAAAAAAAAUUAAAAGUAUGGAACAACAACCAGAACUUGAAUCUAACUUGAAAAAUGUUAUAGAACAGCGCAGUUUGAAGUGGGUUUUUGUUGGUGGAAAGGGAGGUGUUGGCAAGACGACGUGCAGCUGCGCUCUGGCUGUCCGUUUAGCAAAAGAUCGUCGUUCAGUUUUAAUAAUUUCAACAGACCCGGCGCAUAAUAUUUCUGAUGCUUUCAGUCAAAAAUUUAACAGCGUGCCUUCUAAAGUAAAUGGAUUUGAUAAUUUAUAUGCAAUGGAAGUGGAUGGUACAGGACUGGGUGAUGGUGAACAUCCAUCUAUGGGACAAGAUGAAGGCAAAGGAGAUAUUUUCUCUGCUGGAAAGAAGCUUCUUGCAGAAUUUGCUGGUGGUCUGCCGGGGAUUGAUGAGGCAACGAGUUUUUCUCAAAUGAUAAAACUCGUUCAAUCAAUGGAUUUUGAAAUUGUUUUGUUCGAUACAGCACCAACAGGACAUACUUUACGUCUUCUUCAAUUUCCUUCUGUUAUAGAAAAAGGUUUGGGGAAAUUUUUGGCAUUAAAAUCACAAUUUCUUCCAAUGUUUUCACAAAUAACUCCAAUGCUGGGUUUAAAUGAUAUUUCUAUGGAGUCUACAGCUAGUAAAUUGGAAGAAACUUUACAAAUUGUUCGACAAAUAAAUGGGGAAUUUAAAGAUCCGAAUUUGACUACCUUUGUUUGUGUUUGUAUUGCCGAAUUCUUGUCAAUGUAUGAGACUGAACGGCUUGUUCAAGAAUUGACUAAACAGGAAAUUGAUGUUCACAAUAUUAUUGUUAAUCAAUUAUUAUUCCCUGAAAAGGAUGCCAAGGGAAAUAUUACUUGUAAAAAGUGCCAGUCUCGAUAUAAUAUUCAACAAAAAUAUUUGGAACAGAUUUCUGAGCUUUAUGAGGACUUUCAUAUCACAAAAUUGCCGUUAUUAGAGUCUGAAGUUAGAGGACCUCAAAUGAUUAAAGAAUUUAGUGAACGCUUGGUUAAUUCUUCUACGGUUUGA